UGUUAGGAAUUAAAGACUUGUGUAAUUAUAAGUACGGAUGUCUUUCCAAACAGGACCAAUAUAUGAUUUAAUUGUGUGCAACGGACGAUGUAAAAGAUGAGUUACUGCUAUAGACAGUAAAACACUAUGAGCCAAGUCGAGUGAUGUCUAGCGGAGAGUAAUAACAAAGUGGAGGACAUGAGCUGGGCACUCGGGGGCCUCGGUGUUAUCGUCGUGCUCCUCGUCGUGGCCGGAGCGAGUGCCAUUAUCUGCAAAAGAUAUUCUUUGAGAUGGCAGUGUGGACUCCACGACCUAUGGAUUAUCUGCGAGGAGUGGCGGCGAAAACUUGCAUGGCUGUGGGCUCCCAGAGAAGAAAAGGUUGGUCUAGUGAAAGCUCAGCAUCCGAAUGCCCAAGCACUCCCGGGCCUUUAUCGACAAUCCAGCACAAAUUCUUCCCAGUACAUACUUCAUACUGACAGCGAUCUUAGAUUGGAUGCUCAGGGAGCAUUUACGAGGUUUGAGGCUGUAGAUCGGGAUCUACAUUUGUCAACAACUGAACAACACCAGCAUCAACAAUCAUUCGGACAAAUACCUCCACAGCCGUUGAGGCCGGCACCUCAGCCCCGUGCAGCAUCUCGACCACGACCCUCACCUUUGCGAGCUGCUACCAACGUCGACUACCUACGCCUUCGCGAAUGCGAACCUGCGCCCCUGACUCCGCCUCCACUCCCGGCCUUCAGUAGGUUCCAUCGGGGUUCCCUGUUCUUCCAGGUGGAUUCACCCUCCCCUCCGCCCUUACCGCCAGCACCGAAUACUUUAGCCAUGGCUCUGAUGUUCCAUGGACAACCCAUGAGGUUGGAUUCUGAAAAUUCAUUGGAUGAAACUAAAAAAAUCAGAUACAGUGUACAAGGUGCUGCUUUAAGUGAGCAAAUGUUCGACUCUGAGGAUGUGCACUUAUCAAAUGAUACGAGUCAGCCAUAUGGCAGUUACAACAUUGUUCGCGAUACAAAUAACAGCUAUGCCUCCAUUUAUGGUGUACAGGACAGCUAUAUACAUCGGGUUUCGAGCAAGUGUAAUCUUCAAGACCUAGAGCGCAUAACUCGAUAUAUCCAGAGCCUGCCGGACUCUCCGGGGAACGUCCAUUAUUACGGUGUAACAGAUGAGGAGGAGGAGGAGGCACCUCCACCUGCACCACCGGAUCCUAAGCAACAACAACAGCAGCAACAACAAAAAGGCGACAGUCCAGAACCCACUACCGGCGAGAAGAUCUUCAAGGCGUUGAGAGCUGUCACCUCUCACAGCUACAUCGAUGCCAGCGAGUUUUAUAACUCAAUACUCUCAUCAGCGCAACACGUACAAAAUCUUGCAUGUAGCUCGACUUCCGAGAUUAACUCUUCACACUCCAAUAAACAAGACCACCCCAACUUUUCUUCUCAUGUCCAGACGGAUCAAUCUCGGCAAGCCACUGAUCUGUAUAGUCUCGAGCUGAAUCAAGAGGCGCAUAGGACAGCUCAACAGGUUUUUAAUAGUUUGCAAGAUCCUCCAGUCUCCCCAAUGUUAUUCACUAAUCUUGAUCAACAAACCUAUUCCUACCUAUCGGACCCCUGCUUUACAAGAACAUCUGAGGAUAUCUUCAACAGCUUAGAACACCGGCGAAGAGAUUCGGAGGAGCGAUUGAACGGCAUUCAGGAUCUACUUAAGCUCGAAGUGUGUGAGUCAGCGCGCAGGAAUUGUAACCAGGGACUGUUGAGCGCUACAAAGGAGGCGCAAAUGAAGCGCCGGCUCUCGCAAAUCUUGAACGGCUGCCAGAGUGUAGUGGUAGAGGAGGGGCUGCAGCUUGCGCGACGCAGCUCUUUGGGACUGGAGUCGGAACCACAGUUCAAUGGCUGCUAUAACAAUUAUGAGGAACUCACUUGUCUUCAGCGCGCCAUCAGCUGUGAGAGUCUCUGCUCCGAUACAAGUGUCGUGUUGAAUGACCUUGAACCCAGCCCCGACAAUGCUUCUAUCGUCGGCAUGAUCUGUAUUGGCCUUGAACACGACAGCUGGCCAAGUCAUAUUGGUGACUCAAAACUGAUUGUGAGUGUCUUGGAGGCACGGGAUUUGAUAGCUCCAGAUAGCAGACCAGCUCAACACACGUUUGCGAGAGUUUGUUUGCUUCCAGAUAGCCAAACUUACAUCCAAACAAGGCUUUACAAAAACACAGACUCACCUAGCUAUCAAGAGAAAUUUUAUUUUCCUCUUGAUGGUGGACCUAUCGGCAGGACUAUUCUCGUUGAGGUCUUUUCGUAUGAGAUAUCGGAGGAAGGUCGAAUGGACAUUGAUUCAAGUCUCUUGGGGGAGGCGAGUUUACGUUUGGAUCCACCACUAGGACCUCCCGCCACUACAUGGUUGCCUCUUCUGUCUUCAGUUUUGUCUAUGCCUCGUCUUGGGGAACUUAUGUUCUCACUUAGCUACUUGCCAACAGCUGAACGGUUGACACUAGUCCUCGUCAAGGCACGUAACUUGCGCGGCACCGCCGAGGUACCCGGUGAUUUUUUCGUUAAGGUGUACAUGCUGCAGCAAGGCAAAAAAAUGCAUAAAAAGCGUACGUCAAUAAAAAAGGGUGACAAGAGCCCAAUUUUCAAUGAGGCGAUCAUCUUUAAUGUGCCAGCUCAUACUUUACAUAACACUCAGCUGAGGCUAACAGUAGCGGAAAUGAAUGGCGACCUGACCUCCGAAACGAAGCCUUAUUCGCUUGGACACGUGAUUGUCGGAGCGACGACGACGGGCCACGCUCUUACUCAUUGGAGGCAGAUGCUCACGGCGCUGCGACGACCUAUCGCUAUGUGGCAUCCGCUCAGGAAGUAGACACUUUUUAGGUCCGGGAAACACUAGCUUUUUGUGCAAACGUCUUUUCUUGUUAUUGCCCUUGUUGCUCACGGUCCAUCCGAAGCUUUUAUUAAGGUAAGGCACUACACGACAUUAAAUACAUAAAUAGUCCACAAAAGCGUAUUUGUUUAUAUGAUUUGAGUAGAUUAAUAUGAUUAGAGUUUCGUACGAAGACCCAAAAGUUCCGGCAGAAUGGAAAGGUGAUGGCAAUGCGUUCCAGAGCUCGUUUCCUUCAAUUUGUUCAAUCAAACGUCUAAGAGUGUAAACGAGAAAAUUUUAAUUUGAAUUUAAGCUCAAUGUUCUUGCGCCUCUGUUUGAAACAGUUUUAGCUUCCUUAGCACUUGAUAUGAAAAUGCAAUAAAUAAUCUAUGAGUAUUUUGUAGGUAAAAUUACAAUAUUUCAACAU